GCAGCCACAGCCACAGCCACUCAUCGUUCUCUUUUUAUACCUUCGCCUUACCAAUGAAAUUUCUUGCUCUUUCAGUCUCAAUGUCUUGAUUACUUCUAAUUUGUUGGCUUUCAUCAGACAUCGCAUGUUAAUUUCGCGAUUUUCAGAAGCUUAGGCCUUCGCCAAAACCCCUUCCGUCCAGCUUUCAGUGAGGAUCCUCAACAACCACAGCUGCCUUCAUAUUUCCCAGGUCAUUUCUCUUUGUUAUUCAAACCGACUAUAUUACUCGAUAACACAUGUCGUAUGAUGAUUCGUAUAUAUCGAUGGAUGUAGCGGAUCACACAAUGGAAGAGCCUUCAACUUCRUUAUGGAACCGAAUCUCAGCCAUCAGGCAAACAGCUUCAGAAGCAUUCAAAAGAAAACCAAUAUCGCAUUGGAUUAUUCUCGCUCUAAGCAGCAUAGGAAUGCUCGUGGCGUUCCCUGCUUCAUCUAUACUAUCUCGUGUUUAUUACGACAACGGUGGGAAGAGCAAGUGGAUCAUUUCUUGGGUGUCCGUCGUCGGCUGGCCUAUUCCAGCUUUACUAUUGUUUCCUUUGUAUUUCUUAUCUGAAAUCCAUCCUACCCCUCUGAAUUGGAAGCUCAUCAUUUCUUAUAUUGUGCUGGGCUUAUUAAGCGCGGUUGACAACCUCAUGUAUGCAUAUGCUUAUGCAUAUCUCCCUGCUUCUACCGCUUCACUUUUGGCAUCGUCGUCCCUCGUGUUCUCUGUACUAUUCGGUUAUCUUCUUGCCAAGAAUCGAGUGAAUGCUUCGAUAUUGAAUGCUGUCUUCAUCAUCACCGCUGCAGUUGUGAUGAUUGGUUUGGACUCAAGUUCUGAUAGGUAUGGAGGCAUAACUGAUCAGCAAUACAUAUUGGGUUUCGUAUGGGAUAUACUAGGAUCUGCUCUCCAUGGACUCAUUUUCGCCCUCUCCGAGCUAGUUUUCAUAAAGCUACUUGAUAGAAAGUCUUUCCAUGUUGUGUUGGAACAGCAAGUAAUGGUUUCUUUUUUCGCCUUCUUGUUUACCACUCUUGGAGUUCUUCUAAGUAAGGAUUUUCAGAAGAUGAAAUCAGAGGCUGCAAGUUUCAUCGGGGGCGAGUCGUCUUAUCUGCUCRUGCUUAUUUGGAGCRCAAUAUCUUUCCAGUUGGGAGUGUUGGGUGGAACUGCAGUUCUGUUUUUAUCUUCAACCAUUCUAGCCGGAGUUCUAAACGCGGUUCGGGUGCCUAUUACAAGCAUUGGUGCUGUCAUAUUCUUGAAAGAUCCCAUGAGUGGCUUCAAGAUCCUCUCUUUAGUUAUCACUUUCUGGGGAUUCAGCUCCUACAUUUAUGGCAGUUCCUCGUUAAGUAAGCAAUCUUGAUCUUAAACCGCUCUUCCAUUUUCGACUCUCGAGUUUUUURAAGCUAACCAAAGAUCUUAUACAGUUCCUCUUUGCUCAUUAGUCAUUUUACUGUAAGAUCUUUUUAAUACAUAAGCUUACUUUGGUGUGCAAAAUUGUGUAGAAAUUAGAAUAUUCUUAUGGGGUUGUCUCUACCUCACAAGUUUUACAUUUGAUGUACUGUCUGUUUCUGUGAGAAAUUUUUGGAAACUUGGAGGGGAGUGCUGUAAAAAUUUGAAGGAUUGUUUAGUUAGAACAAGCAUUCACUGAAAACAUUGAAUGUGGUUUAAACUCCA